UUGUAUAAUAAGUAUUUGAUUGUUGUAUGUUCUAUGCAAAUAUCUUUUUUUCUGUCGGCAAGGAAACAUUUUAUUGAAAGUUUUUUUGUGGGAUUACAGCCAUGGGCCCAAUUAUUAAAAAAUAAUAUAAAUUAAAAAUAAGCCCAAAUUCAUGUUUGUGUUUAGGGUUUUGUAGGUUUGUUUCUCCACGGAGAGCGUGUGAUUUAAACCAUAACCUUGUUUCACAAGACAAAUCGAUAUCCUUGCACAGAGAAAGACUCAGAUCAACUACUGUUCAAACCGUCCAUCUAGAUGGUAGAUCUUACGGUGAAGACAGUGGAUCUCUUAUGGGCUGUCUUCUUUUGGGCAAUCUUAAGAUACGCCCCGACAGUUGCUGUAGAGAUGUUGUUUGUCAUCUUGGUUAUCAUCGUGACCAUGCUCGGACUAGACAUUCUCCGCAUGUGUUUUACUGGCGUUUUGGCCGGUAAUGACUUGAAUCCGUUGGAGACCUUGGCUCAGGUGGAAGAAGAGCAGAAUUACGAGACAUCUGAAAAGAUUUUACGCGAUGUAGCCGAGAUUAGAUCAAAAAUAUCACAAAUUGAGCUUGAUGUUCGGCAAAUUAAGCAAAUAAUUUAUAUAUUACAAGGGAAGAUUGAAAGUCUUGAAAGCAAACAGGAUGCGACUCUCUUGGAACUAUGUCGCUUAAGCCAAAUUUUAAGUGAUGAAGGCAAUACAAGCACUAAAGUAUUAUAGGUGAUCAUUGAUGUUUGGUCGCUCUUCAUGAUCGUUUUGGGGAAAACUUCAUCCUUAAUUUUGCAGUUGAUAUUCUGAAAUGUUGUUUUGUUUUGACGUUGAUUGACCACUUUUUCGACGUCGAGAUACAUGAAUGGUUUUAUUUUGUUUUAUUCGUUUUCAAGGAUUUUAAGAGGAUUAGCUUCUUUCAACCUUUUUCGAGUGUUAGAUUUUCACAAACUCUUGGUGUGUCUACUGUCUAGUAUAAAACUUACCAGACUGUUAUUAUAAAUUAAUGGAAUUGGAACGAAAUCAACGAAUCAGUAAAAUUAGUCACCAAGAUGUCUUGAAAAAUCAUAUGUUUGUGUUGUUUACCAACUAUAUGUAAAAGCUGAAUUUUGGUUUCAGUUUUACGUCGGUAGCUAGAGUGCCAAAAUCUAAUAGCGUUGAAAUAAUCACUUAAGUUGCUUUGGCAUAUAUGCUCUUAAAGCUAUAAGGAACGGUAGGCACCAAAUUUACUAGAUAGGCAAAUUUGAUAUGUAAAGCAAAAAAUUUAUAAAUAACAUGAAUAAAAAAUACAACAAUAUAAUACCGUAGUUGGAAAAGAACUAGGUUGAAGCAGAAUCGAGAUUAGAUCUCUUUCCUUAAUCCUUUAAACGUCCGUAGUGUGCCGGUUUGAUACGUUUAAGAAUCCCAGGAUACAACUGCCUAUAUCUUCAGUUUCACAGCACUUGAGAACCAAAGCCUGUCGAACCUAUUUCUAUAUUAUACUCUCAGACACAAAACAAAAAAAAAAGAAGUAGGAGAAAGUGGUUUUGUUUGAAUUGGACGUGUGUAUCCAGAAUAAGAAGAGCAUAGCAUUUAUAUAGAAUAUAAAGUUUAACGUGUGCUUUAACCAGUACUAAAUGGAGAUGACGUUUUUGAUUCUUUCAUAAUGACUAUUAAGAGGUGAUUGAUUUUCAUAUGUUACAAAAAUCAAUUCACAAAAUCAACUUGAGGUCAAAGAUUUAGUCAAGAAGUAAUAAAGGGCCUUGGUCAAAAACAUGAGAAUCAUUCUCUACACCAAGAGAUAAUAUGCUUGCAUUAUUUAUUUAAAUAAUUAGCAAGUGGAUUUCGGCUAACAAGAUUAAUCUUAUUUGCUUAAUUCCAAAACUUGCUUUAGCCCAAAUAUCUCUUUUUAUAAUACACCAAAGUGUUUACAAAGUUUUCUAUGAUUUUGUUAUAAAUUCUCCAUUUUAAACAUAAGAGGUUUCUUACCUCAUAAUUCUAAUAUAGAUAUUUUACAAAUAAUCUAUUUUACACUUUCAUUUCUCAUUCAAACGAACUUCGUUUUUGACAUAUGAUUACACUAUACCAUAGUGCUCAUAACAAUGAAUCCAACGAUUCCACAAUCCGGUCAUUUCGACAUUCAAAUUGCUCGAAAAAUUCACCGGAAUAUUGGCCAUAGCCAUUUGUCCAAAAAACAGUUCCAACAGGAACUCCCUCAUAUUAUGUUUUUUACGGGGACACGUUAGAAGAUAUGUUACUAAAUGCAGUUUUCGUUUUUACAACAUAUAUGAACAAUGGAUCAACAUACGAUGUUUAACUUUUUGCACCGCAUGGCUGAUGAAUUAGUCCAAGUUAAUUACUGAAAAGAGACCUUCGAGGAUUCACAAGGCUAACGUAACUCCUGUUACUUUGUAACGGGCACGAGUAGCUGACUCAAAGGUCAGUCUGUAUGAAGAGAACAUGAGUUAUUCGAUCUCUUACUCCAA